GUUCAAAUACAGGUUUAUUUAUGGAGGCAUUUUGGGAAAUCUCAAUUCCAUAGCUCAGAUGCAUUUGCCUGCCAGUAACAUACCUUGGACGUUGGGCAAAGAAGCAAACAGAACAACGGUUCAUCUGUUCUUAUCUGCUUAGUCAUUUCAUUGUGGGCUCUCGUGCCCCUCCACAGCACCUGGCACUUGUGUUUGGGGUGCUGUCGUAGACCUCAAGAAGCCUGAAGGGAACAUAGGAAACAUCAACCCUUCGACAACGUCGCCUCCCCCCUACACAGGCAACUGGGCUUGCGACGACGUCCUCUUUGUUAUAUACCUGGAAGCUGAUCCAGUUUAGACGUUGGACUACUCUCGUUCCAUUCUCUUGUGCCUCUUCCUUGGGUUUGACUCUUGGACAAGCGCCGGCUUAGCUUUGGGACACCAACAUCCCGUCUCCUCAGCGCUCUUUUUCUGCCCAGCAGCUAUCUUUCUAACGGCGUCUGGUUUAUUAGUGGCACGUCUCUUCGUUUUCUGUUAAGAUACCCCGGUUCAUCGCCAAGCUAUUCGAAAAGGAAUACCAGCAUCCCCUUCUCUUUUAUACCCUAGGAAGCUGUUGCGACCACGAGUCGUACUGCGCUGGCGGCCUAUCGAGGGCCUGGACCUCCUAUAGGUAUUUAACCUCAAGAAGGAUUUUCCAUCGCAAUUUUGUGGCUGCUUUGACGUUUGAGCAGCUCGAAGUGUUGCGACCCUUCAUUUCUACAUCCCAGGGGAACUAACGGUUCCGGUAACCGGUAGCUGAGGAGUGUCUGGUCUUGGUACCUUUGCCUCCACUUCCCGUGGGCCCCUGACCUCCUACCUCCUGAAUAUUGUGAUGGUCCAACAUCGAGUUGGAGCAGUUCUUCAGCGUGUUCUUGGAGGAGAUACGGCCAUUCCGGUGACGGUCCUUGGGUGCUCAGUUCCGAUAUUGCUUUGACUGUAGCAGUGGGCUUAUUCUUUGGCUUGAGUAGUCCUCGUCGAACACCUCUGGGACUCUAUAUCUCGUCGAGAAGCCUUAGGACAAACGGAGAGAGAGCCUCGGACGACCCCUAUUGCUACCCAUUGACAAUACUUUUGCAUCUAUCAGAGUUCCAACUGGGCCUGCUUUGUUAGGCUGUCUGCUUGGAUAGCACUCGAGGUGCAGAAACCAAACUGUCAUCUCAACUUGCUCCCGCCCACAUCUGAAGAACAACUCCGCGUGUUUUGGCUAUCUGCCUAAACUCCGGAUACAAUCCUACCUACCUUACUUAUCCCCUCCUUUUUUCGAGUUUCUUUCUCGCGAGGCUACCCAUCACCAUCGGGGCACUACGCUUCCAUCAUCACCAUCUGCCAUUCGAAGCCUUCAGUCGACUCGAAUUCAUCUGCUCUAUCGUUUCAUCGAUUUAUUGCAUCGUUUUCUCGACCCGCUUCAGGGGUAGACCGCCGCGAGGCUCCCAGAGAGACCUCUUCCACUCCAAAAGAGGCACAGAGUUGUCCAAGGUUUGCCUAUCCGACCCGCUAGAUGACUAUGGAACCACCCGAGAUGGGAUCUAACGACUUCGUAUAGGCCUAUCCUGAUCAAGGCCAGCCACUGGUUCUUAUCCCAUAAUCCUCUCGCAAGAUGGCUUCCUCUGCGGAGGAAGAAAAGAAAGACAUCUCGUUGCUCGAUGGAGCAGAGUGGACGCUUCUGAGCGCGUCUUCCAACGAGAAGAAGCUUCAGGAGAGACUCAAUGUUUAUCUCUGCCCAAUCCUUCUCAAAGCCGGAAGCCCACAUGUUCGGGUCCGCAACAAGGUCAUCUCGGUAUGCGGAAACAUCAACAAGCUUAUCCAAUCUCCAACAAUCGUACUCCCAGUUGCUUCUCUACUGGAUCAGUUCAAGGAGACUGAUUCUCCUCUGAUCAAGCACUUUGACUUGAUCUACAUUCAACACAGUGUUGGCAGGCUUGAACGUUAUGAGCAACAGCAGCUUGUGCCCAAGGCGCUGAAAAACAUUAGAACUGGGUCUUCGGCUUCGCUCAGUCAACUGUUCAACGUCGUUCUGCGUAUGCUCCCUACCAUCAAUAUUCCUUCAAGAGGAAGCAAAGAAGAUGCUACCUUUCGAGAGGCCAUGGGGUUGUCCCACCCCGAAGACGCCAAAUACGUUGCUGAAUGGCUCGGCAAGCUCCUGUUGUUACCCGCCAAUGCCUCGGCUGACAAGCCGGCACCCGGCUUAACAGAAGCAGACAUCAGCUUUCUGACACUUGCAGGUAAAAAGGACACCUGGAACCCGUCUGCUGGAGGUUUGAACUUGCCCGAGACGCGCAUUCUUGCUGCCAACUUUCUGGCCAGUGGUGCUUUCACCGACUUCGAGCGCUUUAUUCCCGCUCUCUAUGCAGCCUCCAGCACGGAUUACCGUAUCUCUGGAAUUGGAGAGGAUCUGCUGAAGAGAACUUCUGUCUCCUUGGAGGACAAGACUCUUGUGAGCAAGCUCUACGACGCUCACUCCAAACUACAACCCCCCUAUCGGAUCCGAAUCCUGGGGAUGCUCAGCAAGUCAGAGAUUGCAACCACCUUCACGAAUGAGGUUCUUGCAGUGUUCAAGCGGAAUGUGGAUCUCGAAAAGAAGGUUGAGAGCCAAGAUCCCACCUUCAUGGACAUUGACCAACGUCCCACGGGUCCAAAAUCUUCCGGUUUGGAGCAAACCAAACUACACCGAGCCCUCUUUGAGUUCAUCAACUGGGUAGCCCGAAUUGGUCCAAGCAAGACGGAUUUCAACAGCAUCGGGGUGAACCUGAUUCACAUGCUCAGACAGUUCAUCCACUCCCAAGGCUGGCCCAGACCUCACCAGCAGUCACUCGACGACAGUGUUCUGCGCUCACGAGCGUACGAGACGAUUGGUAUCCUGGCGAAGGGUACAAAAAUGGACGACCAUCGCCGUUCGGGCCUUGCUGCUUGGCUGUUCCAGUCACUCUCCGAGGACCCAACCCCGGACGUGGUGGUGAACAUUGACUCGGCGCUGUCCAGCGUAUCGACCUUGUUCAAGCCUCCACACAACGACUUUAGGGUGGAACUCGAGCUCCAGUCGAUCCUGAUCUCGUACAUGCUGCUCGGCAAUGAGACAGACGAAAACGUAGUACGCAGCACUAGGCACGCUGUUGCUAAAUGGGCCAACAACUGUCUGCCUUUCUCGGACGUCACAGCACGGUGGAUCAACAUUAUUGCUGUUGCGGGCCGACUGGACGAGAGAAAUGAUGUCGUGGAAGAGGGAUACAAGGGCCUUGAUCCGUGGACAUAUCGCGUGAAUGAUGACGAGGACAAGUCGAGAGACCUACCCGAAUGGCCGGCGAUGGUGGACGUGUUUUUUAAGGCAGGGCGAGCCACGCGCAAGUCAACGGAAGAGGGUGGCAUGGAUAUCGAUGCCCAUCCGCUAUUUAGGAACUACCCCGGCGAUAUGAUCCAGGCUUUCCCCAUUGCCGUCGAUUACUGCAAGAAGAUCUUCUUCUUGACCGCCCUGGCGGAUAGCUUUGUUUUCGACGCCGGGUGGCAGCAGAGAUUAGAAGCUCUGGUCCAGUCCGACCUGGAAACCCGCCAAGCUAUCCGGAAUUAUCACGUCCAAUUCACGCGCGACGACGCGCUGCUAUUCACUGACUUGCUGACUGCCGCCUUCGAGGGCAUGCUAAGAGAUGACGCCCCAAAGAUCAUCGAGCCCUGUGCUCGUUCAUUUGUCGACCUCGCCUCGUUUUCAUCCAAGGUGAUCUUGGCAUUUCUCGCUCCGCGCUCGAGAGAGCUACUGCCUCUCAUCAAGUCCAACAAAAAGGAGUUGCGUGCCCUCGGGGCAAAGGCUCUGGGCAUUCUCGCUGCCCACCCGUCACACCCCGCCAAAGAACUUGACGAUGUCACAGCCAGCCUGGUUGACAUCACCAAGAACUUUAAGACGGCUGUGGGGGCGGAGUUGAACGCAGUGGAGGGCGCGUUCCUCGCAUUGGCACACCUGGCCUCGCGGCUGGUGUACUACUCCAAGACCGGCGCUGCAGACCGCGCAGCCAAGAUCGCCUCCGUCUUCCCGACGUUGGGGGAGGUGGCGUCAGCCGCAUCCGUCGUCUCGACGCAGGAGACGUUGUUCGAAGCCUGGUCCCAGCUUUGGACUGCUGGGCUUGGAGAGAAGGAUCAGGGUAGCCUGAUCCAAUCUUUUGUCGACCCCCUCGUCGUCCACGCAAAGAAAGGCAACGAGAAGGCUAUUGCUGCCCUGGGCAGAUUGGCUUUGUCUCUCCCGUCGGACGGAAGCUGGGAUGAGACCCUGGAGAAGAUGCUCGCGCAGCUGUACGCGCUGUACGAGCUGAAGCAGGUGGAGGUCCACUUCGCUGUGGGCGAGGCAAUCGCGGCUGCAGUCGCGUGUUGGGACGCCGAGGUGGUCCAGCUCACGGUCGACGUCGAGUCUGCCGGCCGUGAGUACUGGGCUCCGAGGCGCGCCGCUCCGCUGGUGGCGGUCUUGGAGAAGUUGCUUGCGGACUGCAAGACAACAAAGCCGUCGCUGCUGAAGGCGUCAGGUAUCUGGCUCUUUUGCCUGAUCCAGCGGUGUUCGCACCUGGAGGAGGUGCAGUCGCGCUUGCGGCUGUGCCAGGUUGCGUUCAUGCGCCUGCUCAGCGCGAGGGACGAGCUGGUUCAGGAGACGGCAUCGCGGGGUCUGGCCUUGGUGUAUGAGAAGGGCGACGCCAGGUUGAAGAGCGACCUGACCAAGGAUUUGGUCGCCUCGUUCACUGGAUCUGGACCUCAGAUCAAGGUGGAGGAGGAGACGGAGCUGUUUGAUGCUGGCGCCUUGCCGACUGGGGAUGGCAAGUCUAUCACGUCCUACAAGGACAUUGUCAGUCUCGCCAACGAGGUUGGAGAUCCCAGCCUGGUCUACAAGUUCAUGUCCUUGGCCACCAACGCGGCCACCUGGUCGACCAGAUCAGCCUUUGGUAGAUUUGGCCUCAGCAACAUCCUCUCCAGCUCGGAAGUGGAUCCCAAACUCUACCCGAAGCUGUAUCGCUACCGCUUCGACCCAAACACCAAUGUGCAACGGUCAAUGAACGACAUUUGGAAGGCCCUCGUCAAGGAUCCGAAUGCUGUGCUGGAGACCCAGUUCGACAACAUCAUGAACGACCUCCUCAAGAGUAUCCUGGGUAGGGAGUGGCGUGUUCGCGAGGCCAGCUGUUCCGCCAUUGCCGAACUGAUCUCUGGUCGACCUUUCCCCAAAUACGAGAAGUACUACAAGGACAUCUGGGCAGCCGCCGUCAAGGUGGCGGAUGACGUCAAGGCAACUGUUCGCAACGCAGCUGGAAAGCUUUGCAUGACUCUCUCGACAACAUUGGUCCGUCAGCUCGAAGACUCUGGAUCUUCUGCCACAGCCAAGAGCAUGAUGAACGAGGCCUUGCCAUUCUUGCUCUCAGACAAGGGCAUCGAGAGCUCAGCCGACGAUGUCAAGUACUUCUGUGUCAGCACGGUCGUCAAGAUUUGCAAGAGAGGCGGAAGCGCACUCAAGCCCUACAUUCCCACCUUGAUGGUUCAUCUUCUUGGUCUCUUGAGCACGAUUGAACCGGAGGCCAUCAAUUACUACUACCAGCGGGUUGGUGAAGCCAACAGAGACAAGCUUGACAAGCUUCGUGCCAAUGCCGUUUCGCAAGGCCCUCUUGGCGAAGCCAUCGAGGACUGCCUGCGCAAUGUCGACGCAGAGGUCAUGGACCAACUGGUGCCCAAACUAUCCGAGACGAUCAAGACUGCGAUAGGAAUGCCAACCAAGAUUGGUUGUGGCCGUGCGAUCUGGACGUUGUCCACCAAACAUGGCAUCAACUUCGAGAAGCAUGCUCCGACGUUCUUGAACUUGAUGGAGAAACACACUCUGGAUCGCAAUGACGAAGUCAGCCAGGGUUACGCUCGCGCUACCGCCUACCUACUCCGCGUCGCCCCUGACGCUGCCAAGCAGCGCUUCAUCGAAAAGUUCAUCAAUCUUUACCUCGAGUCAGACACCGACGCUCGCAGGCAAAAGGUUGCCAAUGUUGUGUUGGCCCUUUCCAAGAUCUCACCUGAUCACUUCAACGCGCUGGAGACUUUGCUCGUCCCUUUCAGCUUUCUCGGCAAACAUGACACAGAUGAGUACACGGAAAAGGCGUUCAAGGAGGUGUGGGACACGCACGCUGGCACGCAUCUGAGCGUGACCAAGUACCUCAAAGAGAUUGUCUCUCUCGCGGAGAAGACUUUGUCCACUGCUCAGUGGGCACUCAAGCAUGGAGGUGCCCUUACGGUGGCUGAUGCUGCCGAGUCCGUGGCGGGUGCCAAGACCAUCACGCACCACGUCAAUGUUGAGCACGUCAAGACCCUCUGGCCGGUUUACGAUAAGGCUCUCAUUCUCAAGACCUUCCCUGGGAAGGAGAAGCUUCUCGAGCCAUUCCCGAAGUUUGUUGAGCUCAGCAAGGAGCUACUGGAGAAAGAUGACAAGUUGGUGGCUGCCUACAAGAAGGUUGCCAUUCGGGAGGCCAAGCGCAAUAAUGAUGUCUAUCGCCCCCACGCCUUCGAGUGCCUCCGGCGCGUUGCUGCUGCUUGGGAUGGAUUCGGUGACAUGCUUCCCGACAUCAAGACCAUCGUCGCGCCUUACCUGGCUGUCGAGGAGGAGGACAAGGACGGCGACGCUAUGGACGUCGACACACCUGCUUCCACGUCCAAGGACAGUCGUGGACUGGAUCUGAAGACUGUGACCAAGUGGAAAGCGCUGGAGACUCUGUCGAAGGGAUACAACCGGGCCAAUAUGAGCAAGGAUCCCCUCUCAACUCUGAAGGAAAUCAUCACUGCCAUCGAGUCGAUCGAUCCCAAGUUUAAGCCUGCCCAGGUAUUCACCGCGAAGUCGUACAUCACCCGACCCGAGUUCGACGUCAUCCGCAAGACGUACUGGUACGAGUGCGCCAAGGAUAUUUUGGAAGCUGCCGCCGUGGCAGGCUCGGCUGGAAGUGAUGCUGUCCCAAUCAUCCGAUGGUUUCUGUCGACGUUGGACCUCGAUGCGGAAGACACGGGGUUAGAGUCACAGCGGAUCACGAGAGCCAAGGCGGUCAAGGGCGCCAUUCAGCUGGGCAAGAUCACGGCUGAGGGUGUGGAGUUCAAGACGACGGAGCUAGGCAAGGAGGUUGAGGGGUUGGUUACGGGUUCCAUCGAGAAGGAGAGGUCCCUGGACGUGCAAAAGGAGUGGAAGGAGUCCCUCAAGCUGCUUGGGUAGGGGCAUCAUGAUAUCACGCCAUUGCUUCUCAUCACGAUGUUGGGAAGCCAUGAGGGUAUGCAGGACCGAUGAGGGUCUUUCGGCUUAUGGCAAACAUGCAAUUGCUUGGAAACGAGGAAGAAGAGGAAAGACAAGAGCGCAUCUUAUUGAUGUCAUUAAGGAGGUAGGACAUCAUUGCUCUGCUUAGGAAGGAAAGAGGAAUAUCUUGAGAUAUUUCGAGGAGUGGAUAUUUGUAUAAGGAUGUUUUAGAUAUAUACCUGGCUACAAGACACAUACAAUGGCAUAGAACUGGUCAAAUAACCGCUGAUAAUCCCAUCAAAACAAUAGUCCCUCAGGG